AUGGGCCUGCUUAGUCCUAUGAAGGCUUUCAGCCAGGGCGGCUAUUUCUGUGACCAUGCAGGAAUGCGAGCAAGGGAGAUCAAGGCCGAGCUGACCGAAAAUGGUGUGGACACGUCUGACCUUUUCGACAAGGAGGAUUUGGCUACUCGCUUAUACGAACUGCGGACAGGUGCCAUCCAUGGAGCUCCUUCCAAGACAACGCCCAGCUCCGAAGCAGGCGACGUCAAGGCGGAGGAGGACAUGGAGGAGGCGCCCUCCGCAGAGGACUUCGUGGCGAGGUGCCGGGCGAUGGCCGUCAAGGAGCUUCGCACGGCACCGAAGCUGCAGGUUGAGGUGCUUGGAUUUACAAAUUCUGCCCCGUAG